AUGACAUCAAUAACGCAUCCCUCUAAUCCGACGCCGCCCCUCCUUCCUGGGCAUCAUCGAGCUUACCCCAACCCGGCCCGCUGUGCCUUUGACCUCAGCUGGGGCCGUAAAGAGCCCAGCACAGAGGAGUCAGCUGGACGGAGUAGGGCAUAUCCGUCGCCUCCUAUGUCCGGUUCUCCGCCCCUACCUCUGAGAUCAGCUCAUGAGGCUGGUAGUAGAGGUGAAGCCCCGAGUUAUUAUGCUCCCCGGCUCUUGGAUGGCCUUCGCGGCGGCCCAGCGCAGGCGCCUCCCACGAGCAAUCGAGACCAGACUUCGCCAAUAACGAGAUCCUAUCCGCCCGAGCCAGCAACGAGGUCGCCAUAUUCGUACCCCAGACCCGAAGACGCAGGAAGGAUUUACGUCUACCCCCCUCAGCACCAUCAUGGAAUGCCCCAGGGAGCUUCAGCAGCGCCGUAUCUGAACUCAGCAUCCUCGGAACCGUAUCCUGCGCCUGACCGAUCACAGGCAGCCGACACCCAGUCCUUGACAUCUCCGAAAUCACAGAGAAAGACGAAAGGCCACGUUGCUUCGGCUUGCGUACCCUGCAAGAAAGCUCAUCUUCGAGCUAACAAUCAAUAUAUAGCACAACGGCCCUGUUCCCGAUGUAUCGGCAAUGGGAAGGAGGAGUCUUGCGUGGACGUUCAGCAUAAGAAAAGGGGCCGACCGCGAUUACGAGACGAAAGAGACGCAAGGUUCGAACCUACCAGGUACUCGCACCACCAAGAUGCGUCUCUCAGGAGACCACUGAGUAUAUUUCCAUCUGGAGCUAGUAUGGUAUCGCCGUACGAAGAUUCGCUCCGACGAAACUCGUCAUUCAGGUCCCUUGACGCCCCAGCUACCGAUGCCGGCUCGCGCUCGUACCAGGAGAGAGCCACGGCGCCUGAGCCAGUGCACUACAAUUCUUCCUACCCGCGCAGUCCGCAUGCCAUGGAACCCCUGGCGUACUUGAGCAUGGACUUUAGCAUUGUCAAAGCAUCGCCCAUGUUCAUGGAAAUCGUCCACGCAUCGAACCCACUGGGGAACAAAUUGAGCGACAUCGUCACGCCACAUCAGGCGAGUUUCCUUAACAACCUCCAGAACCAGCUCAUCGAAGAGCAACGACUGCACGAGCCCAAUUAUCUGCCUCCCAUGCUGGGCCGACUGGAUCUUGCCAUCAAAGAGUUUGGGUUUACGAGUCAAGAUGCUGCGAAAUUUCGCCUCAACCAUCUCGAAUAUUUUGGCUUUGUUGGAUACGACGGUUACACGAGGACCUUUCCGCUUCGUUUUGGGCUUGCAAAGGAGGGUUCGUUUUAUUUCGUUGUGUUCUUGUUGAGUCUUCAGCAUCACCCGCCGCUACCGCCGCCCUUGCCAUCACAGCAACAUGCACAACUUUCGCAGCCAGCUCCAUACACGCAGCUGCCGCAGCACUCACCGGUUACGCACCAUACACGGGAACCUACUGCCGCCUCCUAUCAUCUUCCGCCGCCCCCGCAUCAACCGGCAUACGGAGAUCGGUCGAGCAAUCCCUCAGCAGAUCCUUUUCGUCAUCGCCUCAGCGAAGGAUCUAUCCGGCCGCCACACAAUCCGGCUGCCUCGAGUGCCGGUACAAGCUCAAGCCUCCAGUCUUAUUCACAGUCACACUACUCCCGGCCAAAUUACCAGGCGUCGCAGAACGAACAUGUCUCUACUAGCCGGCCUGCAACUCAGCCCUCCUAUCAGCUACCCCCUAUUCGGGCGCCGCCUGAACACCGGCCUGCGUCCCGAGAGGUCGGUUGGCCCAAUGGCGAGCGAUCAAGACGAGUCGAUAUCGGUGGCUUGAUAGAACAGCCUGGGGAUUCCACCAGGAGAUGA